UGUUUGAAAUUGUCCAAGUUAUGAGUUACUUUUGAUUCAGAAGUGCUAACAAAUGUGCGCUGUUUAUUCCUUUACUCUGAACGACAUUAGGGAAUCACACGGAACUAUGACAGGAAAACGAGGGUUUUGUUUUGCGCAACUGUUUGGCGUUUUUCUCUUCUGCAUCGGUUUGGUUGGUGGAAUAUUAAUUGGUAUAUACGCAUAUUCUUGGGGACCAGACAGACAAGUCCUUUGUAAGAACUUCCCAGAAUGUUUAAUAGAAGGCUACAAAUCAACUGAAUCUGUAACAACAAAGCUUGCAACAACAAGUCCGAAAUCAAUUACAGAAAUGCCGGACGAUGACGACUGCACAGUUUGUAAAACAAAGAGUUUUACAUACACUAUAAACAAUCAGUUACGAGAGCCAUAUUUCAACAAUACAAUAACUAUAGAGAUUGAAGAAGAAGGCCUGCCUCUGAUGAAAUAUAUGGAAAGAGCUGCUGAUGAAGAUAAUUCAAGUUUCAACAGAUUUCAAGUUUCUUACUAUUCCGGUAUGGGAUACUUCAUCAGUUCUAUCAUUAACGUAACUGCCAACUAUGCAGUAGAUCAGACCUUUUGGCGAAUAACAACAUCAGAAGGACCUUCCCCAAAGAGUAUAGAUUCUUACAUGCCGAUGGACGGAGUGAUGAUUCUUUUGAAUUUCACCAGCAGCUCUCGCUAAUACGGUUGACUAUCAUCGUGUAAUCAAUGUGACAUGAACACAUUUAAAACAUUUCAUUAGAGCACCAUUAUAAAGUAAAUAAAAGAAAAGAAAACAAACAAAAUAAAAACACGUAUAAUGCCUUUUUUUUAGUUCAUUUGUGUUUAAAAGCAUAACGUGACAAUGUUACUAAAACAAGACGGGUUUGGAAUUUCCAUUUGGCAUCAGUUUCCGAACUGUAAAUCAGAUUGACAAUGCUAUUGAAAUCUAAAUGUUGAAAAGGGUGCUAUAUAUAAAACUUGGACAUAAACAGACAUAACUGCAUAUUAAUGUUGAUCUCAAUAAUCAAUUGGAAUCAGCUUCUGUCCUAAGAUCAAGAUCAGCCGUGUCUUCUGAUCUUGUUCUAAACUGUUCGCUUUGAGCUAUUAUUUCAUUUACAAUUUUUGGUAAAAUAAUGAAAUUCAAUCCUUUUUCUCCACAUUGAAAUAUCAUUAAUUAAGUAAUUAAGUAGUUAGUGCACCGAUUAGUCCAAAAUAUAAUCAAGAUCGUUAGUUUUUUCUUCUUCUUUUCUGAUGUUGCAGGUUUCAUUGUUUAUUUAAGCUGAUACAGUCGCGAGUUGCAAUAUAGCCUGUGAUAUAGCAUUAUACUAAUUUUUAUUUUGCUAAUUCUAAAUCACUUUUUAUGGACAUGUUAAUUAAUAAUCUAAACAUAACUCUAAUUCACCACCCUCCCUCUAGCCUUUUUAUUUUCAAGUUGCACUCCUCCAGAUUUAUAAUUAUUUCUACUUAUUCUACUUAUUCCUAGAAAAACAGGAGAAAUGAUUACAUUAUUAUGUUGUAUUUGUAAAAAUAUAAAACUUUUACAAAAUGUACUAACACGCUUACAUCCAUACACAAUUUAUCUGGAAUGAAUUUGCAUAAUAGAUCAUUAGUUUAAAUUUCUUGACCUUAUACCCAUAUUGAGGCAUGCAGCUAUAAUGUUAUUAUGAAGAUUGUGUAAUACAUGCGUAGUUAGACGCUAAUAAGAAAAAU